UUACGCGAGCGCGCGGCGCUUUUAGUCAUCCCAUCCGCCAUCCAGUACCCCACGGGCUCCCUGUCCCGACGCCGCCGCGUUUUCUCCAAACGAUGCCGCGAGCCAUCCCUCCCACCCCCGCCGCGGACGCUGUUUUAUUUUCGUGGGAAUUUUUCGUCGCUUUUUAUUCCGCGAUGACACGACACACGAGCGAGGAGGAGUCAUGAAUCAAAAUUAGUUUAUCAGUUUAAGGCCGCAGUCUUGGGAUGCUUUUUUAUUUUUAGUUGACGCCACGCCGCCAUCCAGUGCGGGCGAAUUUUUCGGGGUUUUCUAGUGCGUUUUUCACGCGUCCCUCGUGCGAUUUUUCCUCGGGUCUCGGAGACGUGAUCGCUGUGAAACAUGAAGUGUGGUUAUUUGAUUGUGGUGUUUUGUGCCUUCACAGGAAUACUGUCCGCCCCUGCUGUGGAUGAAGAAUCCACACCCUCAGUGAGCACAACACCACAGCUCGAAAUAAAAAAUGAAGAAAGCGAGACCACCAUUGGCCCCACGUCACCGAAAACGGAGGAGUUGCCACCGACGACAGUAGAAACUGUCGUUGCCUCUUCUCCGGAAACGACAGCAGAACCAGAGCCAACGAUAGCUGUCGCUACGUCAUCGAUAGUAGAAGAUGCAAGUUCCACGGUCCCGCCCACCGAGGGACUUCCAGUAACCGAAGUCCCAGCCUCUGCGGCUCCUGAAGUGCCAGCCACGACCAUCUCUAGCGAACCGGAGCUAAUCGGCACAACAACAGCAGAGACGUGGUUCAGUUCCUGGUUCGCCAGCACGAACAGCGAGACAGGAACGACGGAACCAACAAGGGUCGAAACCACGGAGACUGGGACUACCCCGGCAGCAACCACCGAGGCUGGGACUACGCCGAUGUCGACGGAAGUGACAGUGACGUCAGAAUCGAGCGUGUCCACGACGUCGGAGAGUGGGACUUCCGUCACCGCUCCGACUUUCCUGUCGACCACUCCGAGCUCCUCGAGCGUCUUGGAGAAGACCAAAGACGUGGCUUUCAAGUUGAGCGACCAGGUUCGCGCCGUGCUGCAGCACUACAAAAAUCCGGAUCCGACCGGAUUUCCGGGCGCUCCGGUUCCGGAUCCCAUGCCGAUUCCGGAUAUGGACAAGUCCUUCGGAGUCGCCAAGAUGAACUUCAAGAAUGUCAUGGUCUACGGCCUGUCGAAGUUCCGGAUCGAUCAAGUUAACACGGAUUUGGAGAAGAUGGAGGUUUACGUUCAGCUGCACAUGAAACGUUUGGUGGUUGUCGGGAACUACACCCUUCGUAGUUGGUUCAACAAAGCUGCCGGUCCGUUCUCAGUGAAUCUUUAUGACGUCGUCGCCGAGGGUGCUGCUGCUCUGGAGCCGGACGAGCAAGGUCACUUGCAGGCGUCGGACACCGACAUGGAUAUGACAUUCAAAGAUAUUGAUCUGGAUUUCAAGAAUAUCGGCUUUGCCGGCUCCUUCUUCCAAGGCAUGGUUAGCUCAGUGGGAACAUUCCUGUUUGACAGCAUUAAACCGUACAUACUCAACGAAGUCAACACCAACAUGCGCAGAGAUGUGAACGCAAAGAUCAAAACCAUCACCAGCAAACUUCCCUCCUACGUCUCACCAGUUGAUCUAGCCAUCUCUGAGGGUCGUAAAUACGUCGUCAAGAUGGGUUAUGACCCUUACCAUCUCAAAGAUUUCGAGUUCAACCAGUCAAUCUUGCACAUCAACGUCUCGGAACUAUGGCUUAAGGGUCUUUCACAAUUUUACCGGGUGGGCGAGGUGGCUCUGUCCAUGGACAGCAACGUCGUUCAAAUCGGACUCCAGCUGGUGACGAAGGAAUUAUUGGGCGGCUGCUCGUGGACCGUGUCGCUGGGUCGCCGCGGGAAACUGGCCCGCACCGGCGUCUCCAACUUCACCGUCCAACAUCUUCAGAUCCGCGCUUUCGUCAACCAGUCCCUUGACAUCCGCCACGCACCCAUCCUCGAUGAUCUCGAUGUCGAGGUGGGAAAGGUGAAACUCACGAUGGAUGGCCGAGGAUCUCUGGACUACGUCAUUGAAUUGGUUGUCAAUCAACUUCCAGACUUAAUACGUCACAUCAUUGUUGAUGCACUGGAAGAACCAAUCAGGCUCAAAGUACAAUCCAUCCUCGAUCAAGUGAAUCUGGAGGAAAUCGUCGAAUCGAAACUACCGGAGCUUGAUAAUUUCACAGGAGCGUCAUGAGAGGAACGUUUCACCGGAUGUUUUCUGUUGAUGGAACUUCUUUAAAGCCAAAUAUAUGCUUCCAAUUCAGAAAAAUAUCGGUAUACUUUGAAAUUUUCAAAACACAAAAGCAGCUCCUCAAGACACAGUUUAUAGACUUAUCGAUAUUUCAAUUUAAGUAAUUUUUAUGUUACUGGCAUUCAAAAAUCAUUAUUGCCUUUUUAUUUAUUUAUUUAUUUACUUAUCACGAGUCAACCAGAUUUUUUUUUAUUUCUUCUUAUUUAUUCUAGUACGAUGUAUUUGAUCUGAGGUAUAUUGCACUUCUGCCAUGCAACGCAAAAACGCCGUAAAAGCCAGUUUAUAUUUUUUGGAAAUAAUGUAUCAUAGUAGAAAAACUUGUGUAACUUUGGACAAUGUUUUUACAGAAUUCUUUCGCAAAUACUAUCAAAAACUUAACCUGAAAAUUUGAGGUGCAUGGAUAAAAAAGUUUUUAUUUUAUAAAGUGUUAAGUUCCAAAAAACGAGGGAAAAUCUUGAUGGAUUUACGGCGUUCUUGCUUAGUACGGCAGUACACUGUCUACUUAAUGGUUACUUGAAUUUCAGGCAAAAACUGCUCACCAUUAAUUUUCUUUGAAAUUCAUCGGACAAUCAUCGAUGUAAUGAAUAACUCGUAUAAUGAUGGUGUUAUAAAUUGGUCAUUGAUUACAUUCAAUCAUUGACGAGUAAUUGUUUUUUCUGCGUAUGUCGACGCUAAAAAAAACACCGCAUUCCUGCAGAAAGUUGAAGGUGAAUUAUUAUUUGUAAAUCGUGCAUUUAUUCAUUGUGUUACUCAUUGUUUUCAACAUUCAAUUAUUCAAAAGUUUCUGGAACAACUUUUAAUACACGAGUUGUGCAAAAAUAAAUUUCUGUUUGCCGGUUUUUUAUAUUUUUUUAAAAAAAGUAUUUCUUUUUCUGUUUACAUAAUAUCAAUUCAGUUUUAAAUUUAAUUGCGGUAUUGAUAAACGAAUCAAAUUUCAACAAUGUCAUCUUUAAAAAUGAUCAGUGCCUAUGUAUUAUGUAAAAUGCAUGUUCUCGUCUUUUAAUUUAUUAUAAAUUUACAUUUUUUACGGAGAGA